AAAUUUGAAUAAAAAAAAUAAAACAAAUUCGAAAAAAAUAAAAAAAAAUUUAUAAAAAAGUUGGAAUUUGAAAACAUAUAAUCUAAACUAUAUAAAAAAUAUUUUUUUUAUAUAUCUAGGGUAUCAGGAUCAUUUUACCUAUUAAAUAAAAUAUUUUGAUCAUUUUCCUCCUUGUGGUCUAUUUUUGUGAUCAAAAUUUGAAAAUUGUCUAUUUAGUAGAAUUGCCCUUCGUAAUAUAUAUGGUAUAGUUUUGCAAACUAGAAAAAGCGGAUCAAAAACUGUAUUACCUCACCAAACUUUUUGUUUAGAGUCUACAUGCAUUCUAUUUUAAAUUACAAUAUAUAUACAAAAGUUAGUUAUUUUUAUCAGAAGUUAAAAGGUGAUUAAAACUAAAUAAUGGAAUCUAGUACUAAGGUGCCUUCUUAGGUUUUGGAAGGACAAAUAAAGUUUUGAAGGGGCAUUGUCACUUUCAUGCAUAUGCUUUACUUUUCUUAAUCACUAAAAGUUAUUCUUAUCACAUUAAAAUUUACGGAUACUAAUGAUGGAAAUAAUAAAAAAAUAUCAUCAAGAAAAUGUAGCACUUUGAAUCAUAAAACAUACCUCAAAAGUGAGAUGGUAACCUAAGAUGUCAUAUGUGCACUGAUCGAUGGACCUGAAUUAAAAUUUCACUCACACAAAUAUCAAUUUCUUUUCACCAGUAGCACUUUGAUCUUAGCUCAACAUUAAAUUUAAGUCUGGCACUUAUAUUAUGGCCUUGUAUAAUACACAAAUAAUUCUUUCAGUUUCCUAGUAGGAGCCAACGACUGAUGGUCAUACAUACAUACCAUAACAAAUAUAUUUGUCCACCAGUUCAUACAUUUUCUCGUUUUAUUAUAAAUAUAUAUAAAUGUUAUGUAUUUUAAAAUACUUUUUAAUUAACGAAAGCACACACUUAGAUCAGAGUUAUGUUAACUUGGUUUUAUGAAGGAUUUUACUGCAAAUAAUCUUUUGACAUGAAUUAAUCAAUCACUACGUCUACGUGACACUUGGUUGAAUCUUGAACUGGUCAAAAAUCGUAUUUAGUCUCACGGUUUGGUUCUCAAAAUAUAUACUCCAUAUAUCACGGCUGAAAGUGGAAACCCAAACCAAAGAGUGGAGAAGACUGAUCGUCACAACUCACAGGCUCGCAGCAAUAUUUCUGCUAGUUGAAAGUAAACAUAUGUGUUGUGGACUUCAUUUUUAUCUUUCUGCUAGUUGAAAGAAUUCAACUAUCAACAAUUCAUGUAGUAUUUUUUUUUUUUUCAACAGCUUCAUUGGAAGCAUUCAACAGUUGAGAAAAUAAUAAUUCAAAAAGCUCUUUGUAAAUGCUGUAAGAGAAUAGUCAAAUAGAAUUUAAGGGUAUCAAAUUUACUGACUUGUAAUCUAGUCAUGCAGCUAUAUUGGCUUUUCUCCAGCACCAUCUUAAACUAUUUUAUGAUUGUUGACAUAAUUCUUCUCGGAUUAUUCUGUUGUGUUACAUUAAAAUAAUCCACACAUACUUUUGUCGCCGUUGGUUACUUUAUCUUUAUCAGUUAUAAAAUUAAUGUUUAUAACCGAAUAAAAGUGAAAGUGGAUAAACUUUGUUGGGACCUACUGAGCAUGUGAAUAUAAGUCGGUCCGACAUAAUAUUCCAUGUGGACAAUACGUAUAUUUGUCGACCUUUUGACCUUCAAUUAUUAUAGUAUAUCAUUUGUUUUACUUCAAAAUUAACUCUCUUUUUUUGAAACUGUACUUCCAAAUUAACUUUUAUUUUUCCAUUUUAGUAAAAGGAAGUGAAAGCAUUUUUAUAUUUCCAUAAGUAAACUACAAGAAUGCAUAGAAACACCAAAAUUAGUUGGCAGAAAAGUUUCAUUAUUAGAAAUUCAAUCAGUACACCAACUGAGUCAGACUCAAUAAAUAUUCUUUUAGCAAAUAAACCCUUAGGUCCAUAGCUUAUAUUACAUUGAUGAAACAUGAAAAUAAAAGGUUACAACACCAUAUACAUGUUUUUUUUAACAACCAUAUACAUGUGUUGGACACGAACAGAGAUCAAAUGGGUUUUAGAUAAUUUGUCGGCCAUGUUAACUGAAAGAAAAAAUAAUACCUCCCACAUUUUGUCACUUGUAUUCUUUUUCGACGUGAUCCGGCAGAAUAAAUGUUUCUUAGUCACUCUUUUACAUGGCUUUUUGCUGUUCAACGUAUAGUCUCUAUUAUGAGAACUUACCAGCAAUUUCAGAUAUUCAUAUUCUCUAUUUUGCUGUUCAACGUAUAGUCUUUUUGCUGUUCCACGCAUAUGUGAGGAAAUCUACAACAAGAUAGUAAGAGAAGAACAUCAUCUUGCUUCUGCUCGAGCUCGUGAUCAACAAGAAACAGUUAGGUUUCUUGUUUGUCGUGAUAACCAAACAGUGUAUGUUGAGUGUACUCGUCAUUUACAACAAACUGUCUCUGAAACAACCAACAACUCAGAAACGCAACAUAGAACGGAGAACAUGAUUCUUAGGCGUUGUAUGCUCUGCUCUCACUCUGGAAGAAUAGGUCAUAUGAUAAGUGUAGCGUAAUAAACACUCAAUAUUUUUUUCUUUUCAAAAUAGCAUUACCUAAGGGUAACUUAAUUGAAUUAUAAACUUUAAGGUAAUAUUAUGUAUUCUUACACAGACGAUUAAAAAAUUAUUUUAAGUGUUUUUGAAUAAUUUCCAUUAAUUAUUUUCCGCGUAAACCGCAAUUCAUCGGGAAAUAGAAAAAAAAUUGACUUCCGUUGGGAAUCUAUCAUGAACACGAAAAAGAUCCGAAAAGUGAAAUUUUCGACAGAUUAUUUCCGUUGGGAAUUUUUAAUACAUAUUUACCCCAAAAUUUAUUAGUGUAUAUAUCUCUCUAAGAACAUACAAACGCCCCCCCCCCCUCCCUCUCUCUCUCUCUCUCUCUCUCUCUCUCUCUCUCUCUCUCUCUCUCUCUCUCUCUCUCUCUCUCUCUCUCUCUCUCUCUCUCUCUCUCUCUCUCUCUCUCACCAUUAUCUCCCAGAUCUGAAUCUCUCUCUCCUUAAAUCAUUCCAAAUUAUGUAAAUUUCAUUUUAAUAGAGAUUGUUAGACAAAAACUUUGUUAGGUUGUUGGUUUAAGUGACUUGGAAGUUAGUUUUAGAGAUUUCAGAUUUAGAUUUAAGAUUGAAUCGUAGUUUAAGAUUUUUGUUGCUUGUGUUUGAUUUUGUUAGUUCUAAGAAAGAUAUUUAUUGUUAGUGUAAAUAUUUAUCAGUUUAAUUUUUUUUUUGUUUAUCAAAUUUUAAAAAUGUUUUUCAAUAUAAACUUUUUGUACAUUUUCUAUUAAUUAUGGUAUUUUAAAGAUUAUUUUUCCAAACGUUUUACUGUAUAUAAAUGUUAACUUUAUAACAAGAACUUAUUAUGUUUAAAAAUGUUUAAAACUAUUUUUUAUAAUUUUCUACAAGUUAGUAAUAAUAUAUUAGAAACGUUUUUCCUUUUUAAGUAUAUUUUUAAAUUUUAAAAGAUUGAUUUUAUUGUUAAGUUUACCAGUUAGCAAUAGUAUAUUAAAAAAACAUUUUUCAAAUGUUCUUAACUUGUUUUUUAAUAUUUCAGUUAUUACAAUAUAUUUUUUAUACUUUCAAAUAUUUUUUAAAAAAUAUUUAAAAUAUUUUUACUUCUUACUAAAAACAGUUUAAAAAUUUCUUAUUAAAAGCAUAUUUAUAAUUUGUUAGUUUAGGAUUUUUUAUAGAUUAAGAAUAUAGACUAUAAUUAUUUUGAAUUUUUUUUUAUAAACUCUAUUUUCGGUAUAUUUUAUUAACAAUAUUACUAUUUUAUUUUAUUUUAAAAAAAUAGAAAAAUGUAUUUAGUUUUUGGUGAAUUUUCAAAAUUUUCUACGAAAAAUUUCUGAGAAAUACUUCUGGCACACUAAAUUCAUUAGAAAUUUAUUUUAAAAGAAUUUAACGAAUUCCGGGCAAAAAAAAUUACUGACUGUAAUUGUUCGUCAGGAACCAUCAAAUUUUUUUUUUUGCAGAAUUCCCAACUAAUUUUUUUUUUCGACGCCCUAAUCCUAAAAUGUUCUCCGUCGAAAACCGGCAGUUUCUUGUAAUAUCUGGACUAGUUGACAUUUAUUAUGUUAUCCUAGUGAACCUUAUGUCGAACAUUUAUUAGUUCUAUAUGUUAACCAUACCUAUAUCGGUACAUGUAAAGUAAAUUCCUAAUGGCCCUUGAAAUAUAGAUUCUCAUUCCUUUUAUUGUGUUACAUCAGUUGAAUAACCCAAAAAAUUAUCGUAAUUAGUGUCUUUUGCGUGUGCGUGCAUGAGUUUUAUAAUCCAAAAUUUUUGAGUCGGAUUUGGCUUUCAUUUUAUUGUGGAUCCCAUCGUGUUCUCUCCACUGACCCAACCUACUCAGUCCUUAACAUGUUCUCAUAUUUUGUGUCUCUCAUUAUCUAUAAAUAGAAAUAUCUCACUGCAACAAGUCAUCAUAUCUCUCUCAAGUCUCAACUUCAACUCAUUUUGCAAUUUCUCUCUUUCUCUUUCUCUUUCACAAUCUCUUACAAACCCCACAAGCUACCUUUCUUCUCCUUAAUCACCUGUUAUGGCGAAUUUAAUCCUUAAGCGAACUCUUAUCAUGCUCCUAAUCAUAUUUUCAUCACCAAUCUCUCAGGCUCGAAUCCUUCAGGCAGAUCGCGUCGCAAACAUGGGAAAUAUAGAUAGUCAGGUUCUCCUACUUGAGCUCGGGUUUGAUCUCUCCAAGUUCAAAGGUUAUAACGACGAGAGGAGGUUUUUAGUGGAUUCGGACAGGGUUUCACCGGGAGGACCGGACCCGCAACAUCAUUGAAUGGCCGUUACGGAAAUGAUACUUUAACGGCGAUCCAAGCACAAAUAAUUGUGACUGGUCUAUGCAAGUCAUUGGAUAUCACUACUUAUAUGCUUUUUUCUCUUUUUAACUUCAUAAAUCUUACGUACAGUUUUGUUGUAUCAAGGUAAUAGUAUUCUCGUACCUAGCUCCUUACAAUACAUCGAACUUUGUUUUCCUGUAUGUUUUCCUGUGUCUACAAUGAGUUACAUUUUAUGUAACUACAAUUGGCUUAUAAAGAAUGUUCCCCGGUCUUUUCUCGUUUGAGUUUUACUUUUUCAUUUAUAGGGAAAAACGAAAGGUAGAUGAGUUUUAGAAUAAUAAUGAUUGUAAUUAGCACUUCGAAAUGCGUAUGAUCAAAAUAAUACUUUUAAUUUAAUGAUUUGAUGGUCAAACUAUUCAUUUAAAAAAAUAUAAUAUAUUAACAAAACUGCAAUAACCAGUGUAAGGAAAAUUUUUUAAGCUUACUCAAAUGAUAUUAUGUGAUAUUAAUGAUUCAAGAGAAACGCCAGAAAAUUAUGUAUUUAUUGAUUUAAUAGCAUACCUAAUGUAAAAUAUUAUAUUUUUUUCUAAAAUAAAGUUAUAUGGAAACGGCUUUGCUCCAAAACCCUACUCUAUUUUAGAAUAGAAAAUAAAGUAACGAACAAACAAAAUGCAUAUUCUAUUUAUGUAGUAAACUUAUCUUUUAUUUCAUUAUGGAGUAGAAAGUAAAAUGCGGUAAAACAUUUUUUUUUAUCACAAACACUAUUUAAAAAAAAAAAUAGAGACUGAAAAUGCUUUAAAUGGCUUUAUAAGAGCAUGUACUAUUUGUAUUACAUUAUUUUCAUCCUACUAUAUAAUGUCGAGCUUUGAGUUUUACAUGAUACUGGAUACAUUCCUGUAGCUAAUGUGAAAUUUAUUUGGUGAAUACAUAUUUUAAGGUUUCACAAAUGAAUGUUUGCGUAUAAGAAGUGCUGUCAUCAACUACAUAUUUCUAUUUGUAUAAAGUAACCGAUAAUAAACAAGACUAUUACAUUAUGGAAACAGUUUAGUGCACUCUUAAAAUAUAGAGUUUCGCCGACAUCAACUACAGUGUUGGAAAUUUGAGAGGUUCAAAUUGUAAAACUAUGAACUUAAUAAAUUGACAUAUGCUCUAACAAAAAUAUUAUUCUCGACGCGCGCAUAUAUGUAUUAUGUUGACUUCAUUUAAAAACGUACUUAUUUAUCAAUUGUUGAUAUAUAUUCUCGACUUGACAUCCUCGACUUGACAUUCUCAUAUCAGUCGAGAACUUACUUUCACCCGUUGAAACCUUGGAAUAUUAAUGCUUCGUGACCUAUAUAUGACGACAAGAAUGGUAAGUAAGAAAAAUUUAAGGUGAGUGUA